CAAUAGAAAAAGGGCGCCAUUGUACGUACCGGACUGCGCUAAAAAUAUGGUCGAGAUGUAAGGGGUGACGGUCUUUGUUUCCGUGCGUUUCCUGUUCAAACUGGAGGCUAAAAAUGAUCCCAAAUCGGUGAAAGAUCUCUCUAAAUUCCAGCUGCUUGCCUUGGAAGGCAUCAGGCAUAUGAUGGAGAAGUCACCGGCCCUAGGAUUCUGGGACAAGUCCAGCGAAGAUCAACUCCGUGGUCGGUUUCCUGUUCACCGUGCGUGCCGUGAUGGAGAUACUGCGGCUUUGUCGGUACUGUUGGCGCACGGGGAGUAUGACUUGUACACAGAAGAUCAUUUCUAUGGUUGGACUCCAGCGCACUGGUCAGCAUAUUACGGCAAGUUGGACUGUUUACAGUUGCUUGUUACUGCUGGAGUGAAUUUUGACGUAGCAACACAGCGCUUCCAUCAAACCCCAGCCCAUGUUGCAGCAUUUGGUAACCAACCUCACUGUCUAAUGUGGCUCAUCCAAUCAGGAGCCAGCGUGAAUGCUCAGGACUACCUUGGAGAAACCCCAGUCCAUAAAUCAGCCAGAAGUGGUGGAAUAGAAUGCCUAGGGAUCCUCAAAGCCAAUGGUGCAAUCUUCAGGAUAGCGAACAACAAUGGCCACAUGCCCAAGGAUCUGGCGCUAUCCUGCAGCAAUGAGCCCUGUGCACUGUACAUGCAACAGGUUGAGGAUUCCCAUCAUGUUCCCAAUGGCUUCUCUAGUCGUGACCUGGGCAGAAAGAGAGGUACAGACGACAUUGUCAAUGGUGAUUUGAAGAAGGCGAGAACAGAAGAUGGCGUGGAAUCACUGCCUGCUUUCAAUGGAAAACCCUCCAACGGAACAGAAAAUGCUCUGACUUCAAAUGGGCUAUCCAUGCCUUCCAUACAUGUAGGUGACCCCACUUCUCCUCCUAAGUGCAGUAUUGGAAUCCAGGCCAUGCCCAGUCCCUGCAUGCACCUGCCCCACCCACAAGACACUGGCCCUGAGAGACUGCAGUCCAGUGAACUCGUCUCUCUCUACACUGAAGUUGAUCUGGGUAUCGAUGAAUCCCAGUGCGAUUUGCAACACAAUUCCCACAUGGCAAUGCAAACAGAACAUCACCUGGGGAAUGGUGUUACAGAAACCAUGGACAUUAAUAACCAUCAAAGUGGCUUUCAAAAUGGAGCUGUCCCAGUGUCUGUAUCGGCAAGUGCAAUGGAACACGAAGCUGCUGUGGCAAUGACGCUAGGGUAUGACUCAAUGUAUGACUCCAUCUACAACUCAGUUGGUUAUUGUCACUUCUUUUGAUCAAGGACAUGCCUUUUCCACUCCUCCGUCAAGUUACCAGAGCAUCGACCUAUAGCGAAUGUAAUAGUUGCUACGGCAACCAGGUUACCGGGAAACCAAAAUGAAACAUUGGUAUAUUAAAUAGUUCCUAACAUCAGCUCAUUUAGAUUGGUCAGUCCUGAGUUUUCCAGACAUCUACCCUCCCCAAAGAAAUUUUAAUGGAAAACAAUACAUGCUAUUACACUGGGAAAAUUAUGAUCAUCUUUUUAUCUGAAAGACAAAGACCUUUUUUUAACAGAAUUACAUGUACAUGUAAACGGUUGCAAUGUUGGAAAAAGCAUAUGGUUUCUUGUGAAUGAGUUCACAUAUCAGGUGCAUUGUAGGUACUGUGCAUGCCACUUGUUACCAAACAGUAGCUAUUGAACUUCAGCAGCACCUACAUGUACCAAAUUGCGCAGUUACAAUUACCAAUUUAUGCAGUGCAUCUUUAUGUACUGCAUUUGAACAAUUGUCUGCAUAAUUUUGAAGCCUGAAAUUUAGUUGAUUUUUGUUUUACGGACCCUUCUUUUCCACCCUAACCCCUAUCCCAGAAUGCCCUAUGGAUGUGUUUUGUGUAUCCACAAUGCCUUCUCCCUGACUGUGUACUUUUUCUUAUAGAUCAUGUACUUAUUAUCAUGGUGUAAAGCAAACUCCUUACAGCUAUUUAUAAAGUAAACUAUAAAGAGUUUAGAUAUAUGCUAUAGAAGAUACCAUGAUGUUUUAUUUUGAGCUUAGUGUGAAUUGCUCGAUGUUUUGUCUUUUGAAAAUACUUCAGACCGCAUUCAUUUUGCACGUGGUUAUUUGCUGAAAUGUCAUUGGGCCAUAGUAAUUCAGUGUAAUUGGCUUGAAAUAGAAAACAGCCAGAUUUUGUUGGUUUGAAAUGCAUGGGUGGACAUUACUGGUUACCACAAUCAGAACAUAUCAGACCAGGAGAGUAUUUUUUUAUGUAAUAAUGCAUAUUUGUCAAUAACUGUUGCUUAUUCCAUAAUUGUGUGAAGGUGUAGAAUACAUUUGUUUUGCUGAAUUGAAAUGCGAGAGAUGUUGCUGUGUUGAGGUUUUAACUUUAUACGAAUAUCUUUUUAAUCCUUCAAAAAUUUGUGUGUAUAUUUUAGUCAACUGCUGGUAGUUCAGGGUUUUUUUGCAAUAGACUGAUCAGCAUGUAAAUAGUUAAGGGUGAUGACAUUGCAUUUAUCAGUUGAAAUAAAUUGAGUAGUUCUGGAAGAGAUAUUAGCUGGAGUUUUUGGCCUUAUGGUGCUUUGACCAAGUAUGCAGUAUUUGUAGUUCACAGCUAAUGUAUAUUUCAAAUUGACAGGUUUAUUUGGUGCAUAUGUAUGAAAUAUAUGUACAUGUACAAGCAACACACUUCUAAGCAGGUGCAUGUAACAUGUACUCUGUAUGGGUUUAAAUUUACAGGUUUAUAAGUUGGCAGUUUUUAUAAAGCUCUAACAUACAUGUACCUCACACUAGAGUAUAUUUCUAUAUGAAUACAUUCAAUAGUUGAAAUUUCCAGCUUUUCGUUAUUUUCAUUGUAAAAAAAUUCAUGUACAUGUAUGUAAUGAUGUUCUUAACACUGUAACAUGUGGAGCUGUCCUUAUCAUAUCAAGCUGUGUUCUAGAACAGCUUCUGUUUUAAUUUUAGACCAAUUUCUGCUGUGUUUUGCUUGUUUGGUUAAAAAAAGCCAUGCAGUGUCUAGACUAGCUAAACCCCCAAUAGAGGAAUGGUAGUGCUUUCUAGUCUGAGGCCAUUAAAAAAGAAUAUUCCAGUUUGCAAACUGAUACUUUCCUCUCAAAAUUGUGGAUCAGUCUUUAUUGUGCAUGGUUCUCAAAAUUACUUCUUCAAGUUUAAAAUAUACUACCUUAACAUGUCGAGUUUUUUUUAAUGGCCUUUUGUAAAGAAAUGUUACGUUGGUUUUGUGCGUGUUUUUGGUACUUGUACAUAGUUGUAAUUGUUGAAGUUAUGUUCUGGAAACAGGCAUAUUCUGUGACUUUGAGAUGAUUGAUAAUCAACAUUCAUCUUGGAGUCCACAGCCUUGCAGGCCUACCGUCCCCCGAUACAUCGAUGGCAAACCACAGCAACUAAGACCUGGCUUGGUUCUGUGUAUUACACAGGCCAGCCCUUGACUCUCAGGCUUACUAAUUCAUGCACCAUGUUGUGUUGUGUUUGACCAACAGCAUAGUUCCUGGUGUGGUUUAUUGUAGAAUCGUGACACUUUGUGUUCUGUGAAAUUAUUUUCAAACCAUAUGAAAUCAUUUUGUUAUUCCAGGAAGAAAGCACAUGCUUGGGCUUGUCUAAUGACAUGGUGUGUGCAAGUCAGAAUGCUGACUCUUCUCUUUGGACCUCUCAAAAGAACAUCCACUUUUAAAGAAGAAUAAUUCCAAUUUUACUUCAAUUUCAAAUGAAACUAUCAAAGUAACUAUGAAUCUCAGUUUGCUUUAAAAGAUCAAGUCAUGAAGUCUACUAAUACAUGUAUGCUGUUGUACAGAUGCAAUAAUUUCAUGAGUCCUCUUGAGGGCAUCUGGAUGGUUGGUGAGUUCCUAAGAGAUCAAAUUUUUUGAUACCGUCCUGCCAUCGAUGAAGAAAUUGACAAUCAGAAUGUGCAUUGAUGUGGCUCUUGGUUUACCCAGAAGUUAAAGAUGUGUGUUAGCUAUGGACUUCGCAGUUUGAGCCACUCAACUUUAACCAAUUGGUGGUCAUGCCUUUGGACUUUUGCCAAUGGUUAAAAUGCACAGAUAGCCGUCCCUAAUACAUGCAUUGUUGUACAUUUUGCUUGCUUUACUGUAAAUGCUUGCUUGCUUUAAUGUCCAUCUGUUAAGAUGCAAGUUGUUUUGCUGUCUUUCUUGCUUGGACAAUCUUUUCUUGUGUAUUGUCAGUCAACUCUUAAAAGGUUGUUACCUUGGUGAUAUGGUGAAAUCCUUGAUGUAUAACAUUUUUUUAUUUUCAUUAGAAUUUCAUCAUAUUCUGUUUGCAGAAAUUACGGAAAUCUUUUUUUUUUAAUUUAUUUUUUUGCUACAUGCAUUGUAAUUAGUAUUACAUGCUCGUUUACAAUGUAUAAUAACAUUUUGAGUUUAUGUCUGUGUAUUGAAAUCACAUUUUGCCAUUAACAGGUGAAAAGUGAGCAGUUUACACAUAUAGGAUUAAAGUAGGACAAGUGAUAAAGUAUGCCUCAUGUUGCAGUGUUCACACUUAUUAGGGUGUUUUAUGUACAUAACCUUGUGGCUCUUUACUUUGUCGUGAUAUGGUUCUUAAGCUUAUUUUCUCCAUUGUGAUGAAUUGAAAAUCAAAGGUUAUUGAUGUUGGCCACAUGUGGAUCGUUUUAGUUAAGGUCACUCUUGGUAAUAUAUAAAAACCUCAGAGGAUAUAACCUUUUCAUAUGUAGUUUUUAGUCACAUUCCUCGAAAGCAAACUGCUGAUCACUAUGAGCACAGUUCUCAAGCACCAGCCUUUCCAAGAUUGCUAUCGUGUGUCUUCAUUAUAUAUAUAUACACGUGUAAGCUUAGCAACAAUUUAAUAGAGUUUGUGUAUCUUGUUUUUAUCUGUACAGAGAAUACAUUCCCAGUUUGUUUCAAUAAAUGUUUUGUAGUUUUUUAAGUCGGGCUGUCAGUUAUGUUACAACUGGGUUAGAUGUAAAAUUCAGUUGUCAGAUGUGAAAUCUGUGUGUUCAAUAGAAUAAAUACAAAUCGGUUCCAGUGCACAAAACAAGUACAAAUGUGAUAUCUUGUAGAAAUUUGCACUUCAUUUUGUGACACAGGAAAUCAUGCAUUAUUUCACAACGGGGGACAUUAAGUGCACAUGUUGACCAAUCUACAAAAUCAGUAGAUCUUGAUUGAUAAACUUUCCUUGUGAGUAGUGUUCCUGGAACUAGCCAGAUAGUGUUCCUAGAACUAGCCAGAUAGAUCUUUUAAUUACUAAAUACGGUAAGAUUCAUUGUUAUUUUAUGUAAAAGCAAAAGACCAAUCAUCUUUGAAAUAAAAUGAGACACAAACAAA